AGCAAUUAUUACAUUAGCACCGAAACAAUGGCUGUUGCAGGGUUUGGUGCUUUGAAACAGCUAACAGAAAUAUUAACCAGGUCUAACAGAAUUGCAACUUGUAUAAUAAUUCAGAGACGCAAUUUUCAUAUUACAUCAUGUAAACGGGAUAAACUGUAUGACCCAGAAGAGAGCUACAGGACGAAGUUUGGUCCAAAAAAGGGAUGGUUAGAUUAUAAUGAUAUAGUUUAUGCCCCAACAGAGGAAGGUGAACCACCGAGACCAGCUGAAAUCUGUCACCAGAGAGAUAACAUCAUGAUGUCUCCAAAGAAAUUUUGGUAUGCAGCAUGUCUGGUUAGAGGUCUGUCAAUUGAUGAGGCAAUCAAACAGUGUGAUUUCAGUAAGAGACUUGCCCCAAAGAUUGUUAAAGAGGUUCUUUUAGAAGCUCAGGAGAUGGCUGUUCAUGACUUUAAUGUAGAAUUUCAAUCGAACCUUUGGAUUGCUGACUCAUUUGUACAAGAACAUUUUAGGUAUAAUAAUGGAAUAAGACGUCAUGCAAGAGGAAAGGCUAGCAAAAUUACUCUCAAAUUUUCAACCUAUUGUGUUCGACUGAGAGAAGGACAACCGCCCAAACAUUACUACGCGCCUGAACCAUCUGGAACUGAAAAAUUGGAAGAGUACAUUCGUGGUCAGAGAAAGCGGAGAAUACUUUACUCUCUAUAAAUAUAAAUGUGUUUAUUUGACUAAUAAAGUGUUAACCUUUA